CUUCCAGGGUCGUUGCGUAUUCGCCUCCGGCUCUCCUUUCCCUCCCGCAGUCUACAACGGCAAGGAAUACCACACGGGCCAGGGCAACAACUCGUACAUAUUCCCGGGAAUCGCGCUGGGAGUCAUCGCCACCGCCACCCAUCAUAUCCCGGAGACUAUGUUCCUUACCGCCGCUAGGACGCUUGCCAACUACGUGAGCGAAACAGAUCUGUCCAUCGGCCGCAUCUAUCCCUCGCUGGCCGAGGUUAAGGAGGUGUCUGUGGCCAUCGCUAUUGAGGUCGCUAAAAUGGCGUACGAUGAAGGCCUGGCCUCCGUCUACCCCGAGCCUAAAGAUCUGGCGAAACACGUUCAAAACCAAAUGUACAGCUAUUACUACGAGACCUCCAUGCCAGUUGUAUGGGACUGGAAGCCUGAGGAGACAUUCAACGUGCGACCCAUCCAGCCAGUGCCCAAAAACAUCUAAACAGUAUUAUUAAUUUUAAAUAACUUAUUUCUUACCGGUAUUAACUUUGACGAUUUACCUAACGACGCGUUGACUUCAGAUACCACGUUUGUUGGAUGGUUCUAUAGCUAAGUUCAGGCAGGCGUUUGCCCGUGGUAUCACGUCAACUGGAGUGUUUCAUAUUUGUUCCAUUUGUUUCAUAGGUAUAUGACGCUGUUUACAAAGUUUUUUAUUUAAAAAACACGCUAAACGACUAAAAUAUGUCGAGUAACAGAUUCUGUUACACAUUUGAGUAUUAUUUUUAAGUCAAAAUCAUUUGACUGUUCACGUAUUUAUUGUCAUUUAUUUUAUUUAAAAUCCGGGUAAAAAUAAUUGUUGCAUAAGAUAUAAUUAUCGAUUACAAUACAAUGAUGGAAUUUAAUGUUCUUAAAUAAUGUUGAAUGUUGUAAGGAGUUAGUCGGAUAUUAUAUUCAUCUAAUCAUAUUGCAUGUAGUGUUUUUGACCGUCAUAAGUUUACGUGCGGGUAGUGUAGUAGUGACGCUAUAUCGAUGUUACACUUGCAUGUUCAAUGUUAAUAAAUAACGGGGCCUUUGAAACACAUUGUUUAGCUUCUCCCACUAAAUAUUUACGCACUGGCGACUUACGUAUCGAUAAAAUUGUGUGAUAUUUGUUAAAAUCUAACUAGCGUUUAUUUUCACGUUUUUAUUAUGAUUUAUAUUUGGAAUUUAUAUACAGAAAUUUAAGUUGACGGGCACAUGAAAUAUUUGUUAUUUGUUUGAAACAAAAUUUCGCGUCGCAGUAUAUUUUGCUAAGUCGCAUCAUUAUGUUAUAAUAAUUUUAUUUUAAGUCAUAAAUGAAAUGUUUUAUUAUGAAACAAUCGUCCUACUUAAUGUUGUGAGUAUUAUUUUAUAUUUGACAGUAUGACUCGUAUACGGGAUGUACAGGCGACCGCACAUCAGGUUUUACAGUUUUGUUGUAAAGUAGCACUUAUUUCAAGUGAUUAAUGCCCGUUUUCACCAUCAAUCCCUAAUUUUUAAGUGACCCCUAUGGUAACACAUAACAGGAAUUUUGUUUUCAUAGGGGUUACUUAAAAAUAAGAGAUUGAUGGUGAAAACGGGCAUAAGGCGCUACAAUGAUUAUCUUGAUGUUCCGUCGUCCGUACCUAACAAUCAAACUCUAGUCACUGCAGCAUUACAUUUAAUGGAAUAUCAUCAAAAAAUUAUAUGCAGGUCAUGAAUUUUUUGCAUUUUCUAUUAUGAAUAUUUUAAGACAUGAACCAAUAAUGUGAAAUGAAACAUUUAGAACGUAAUACGUAGAACGUUUAAAUUAUAAUAAUAAAACAAGCGAAAUGUAGUGCCACUAUUUGGGCUAUACUAUUAAAAAUAAAAUAGAUUCAGUAUUGAAUUAGUAUUAUCGAACUUGUUUACUGUAUUGCCAUAGUAUUGUGUUGUAUUUUGACAAUCAUGCUUUGAUCUAAGAAAAAGAAACAAAAAGAUGUGUGGCUGUCCAGUAAAGAAUUUCUGAAAAUCAACACAUUACAUACCUA